AUGGAUAGAAGAAAUAGAAGCAUUAGAAUAGCAAUGUUACCAUGGCUAGCUCAUGGUCACAUCACACCUUUUAUAGAGCUAGCCAAAGCACUUUCAAAUAGAAAUUUCUACAUCUACAUAUGUUCUACACAAGUCAAUAUCAAUUCAUUUAAACAAACAAUAUCUGAAAAAUACUCAAUUUCAAUAAAAAUAGUAGAAAUUCAUCUUCCAAAUCUACCAAACCUUCCUCCUCAUUACCACACAACUAAUGGCCUUCCACCUCAUCUCAUGUCAACUCUAAAAAAUGCAAUGGACAUGGCCCAACCUAGUUUUUACCAUAUCCUUACUACUUUGAAACCAGAUUUGGUUAUCUAUGAUUUUCUUCAACCAUGGGUUCCAACUAUGGCUGCUUCACUUAAUUAUAUACCUUCUGUUCUGUUUUUAACCCCUGGUGCAGCAGCAGGUUCUUAUCUUUUUCAUAUUGGUAAAAAGAAACCUGUUUCUGAAUACCCUUUUCCAGCUAUUUACUUAAGAGAUUAUGAGUAUGAGAGGAAUAGAUGUAUGUUUGAACCAACUGAAGAGGAUGAGGGUAAUGAUGGAUUUACAGAUACUCAGAGAAGAGUCAAUGGAUGCUUAGAUGGAUCAUCUCAAAUCAUAUUGAUCAAGUCAAUUAGACAACUAGAAGGAAAAUACAUUGAUUAUCUCUCUAAUGUACAUAAUAAGAGGUAUGUUCCAGUUGGACCUCUAGUUAGAUCACCAGAAACAGAGACUGAACAUUCAGAGAUCAUGGACUGGCUAAACAGUAAAGAAAGAUGUUCCACAGUUUUUGCUUCAUUUGGGACUGAAUAUUUCCUAUCCAAGGAAGAAACAGAAGAACUGGCUCUUGGUCUAGAGCUUAGCAAGGUGAAUUUCUUGUGGGUAAUUAGAUUCCCAGUUGGACAAAAUAUGAACCUUGAAGAAGCUCUUCCAAAGGGUUUUCUUGAAAGAGUUGGAAACAGAGGAAAAGUAGUACAAGGAUGGGCACCACAGUUAACAAUAUUAAGCCAUUGGAGUAUAGGAGGAUUCGUGAGUCACUGUGGAUGGAGUUCUAUAAUGGAAGGACUUAAACUUGGUGUUCCAAUUAUAGGAAUGCCAAUGCAUCUUGAUCAGCCAUUAAAUGCAAAGUUGAUAGUUGAUUCAGGGGUAGGGGAAGAGGUUGUUAGGGACAAAAAUGGAAAUGUUGAUAGGCAUGAAGUGACAAAGGUUAUUAGGGAAGUGGUGGCAGAGAAAAGUGGGCAAAGAUUGAGAAAAAAAGCAAGAGAGUUCAGUGAGAUAAUGAAGAGUAAUGGAGAGAGAGAAAUAGAUGAAGUUGUCAAAGAAUUGCUCAACCUUUGUAAGCCAAUAACAAGACAGGACUCUGUUGAAAUGCUUUGCUAA